AUGAGUGGAGGAAAUAUUAAAGUAGUAGUAAGAUGUCGUCCUCUCAAUUCCAGAGAAAAGGCGCGAGGAGCAAAAUGCCUUAUACGGAUGGAAGGCAAUCAAACUAUAAUUACCAAACCAACGGACUCUUCUGAUCCCGGUAAUGCAAAAGCCGCCGCUAAAAAGGGUGACGACGAUAUCAAAGCUUUUACUUUCGAUAAAUCAUACUGGUCCUUUGAUAAAAAUGACUCAAAUUACGCUACUCAGGCACAUUUAUAUAACGACCUCGGAGAAGAACUUUUAAACCACGCUUUUGAAGGAUAUAAUACUUGUAUUUUUGCGUAUGGUCAGACUGGUGCUGGUAAAUCUUAUUCUAUGAUGGGAUACGGAGAAGAUAAAGGAAUCAUUCCCCUUACAUGUUGCGAGUUAUUCAAUCGAAUUGACCGUAUUAAGGAUACUACUGUUGAAUAUCAAGUUCAAGUUUCUUAUAUUGAAAUUUACAACGAACGUGUUCGAGAUCUACUGAAUCCUAAAAAUAAAGGAAAUCUUAAAGUUCGAGAACAUCCAACACUUGGGCCAUAUGUAGAAGACCUAUCCAAGUUAAUCGUCAAUUCGUUUCAAGAUAUAGAAAAUCUUAUGGAUGAGGGUAAUAAGGCAAGAACUGUGGCUGCAACGAAUAUGAACGAGACUUCAAGUCGUUCGCAUGCCGUAUUUACCUUAUUAUUAACACAAAAACGUCACGAUGAAAUGACUAACAUGGACACAGAAAAAGUUUCUCGCAUUAGUCUUGUGGAUUUAGCCGGUUCAGAACGUGCCAAUUCUACAGGUGCAACUGGUGCACGUUUAAAAGAAGGUGCUAAUAUUAAUAAAUCAUUAACCACUUUGGGUAAAGUCAUUGCUUCUUUGGCUGACGCGUCUAGCGGCGGUGGUAAAAAGGGUGCUAAAAAAGGGGAUGCGUUUGUUCCGUAUAGAGAUUCUGUCUUGACGUGGUUACUUAAAGAUAGUUUGGGAGGUAAUUCCAAGACAGCUAUGAUCGCUGCUAUAUCUCCAGCAGACUAUGAUGAGACACUCAGUACUCUUCGUUAUGCUGAUGCUGCCAAGCGUAUCAAAAACAAAGCUGUUGUUAACGAAGAUCCUAAUGCGAAACUUAUUCGUGAACUUAAGGAAGAAUUACAGUUGCUACGAAAGAAAUUGGGUGUCGAAGCGGGCGAAGUUGUUGCUUAUGAUAGUGAAAAUGCUUCCGAUAGUCAACAAGUUAUCACAUUUGAAGAUUCUGAGGGUAAUGUUGUUAGGAAAUCAAAGGAAGAAUUGAUCGAUCAAAUUCAAGCUUCAGAUAAAUUAUUGAAAGAAGCAACCGAAACCUACCAAGAAAAGUUACGGCGUACGGAAGAACUUCAACAGGAACGAGAAAAAACAUUGGAAGAACUUGGUAUCCUGGUCGAAAAAGGUUCCGUUGGUGUACAUCCUCCUAAAAAGGUUCCACAUCUUGUCAAUCUCAAUGAAGAUCCUCUUAUGUCAGAAUGUUUGGUUUACCAAAUUAAACCCGGAAAAACAAUAGUGGGCCGCCUUGAUUCAGAUAUUCAGUCUGACAUACGUCUAAGUGGUGAAAAGAUUUCGGACAAUCAUUGUCAUUUUGAAAAUGAGAGGGGAGUAGUAACACUGCAUCCAUGUCAAGAAAGCACGACUAUGGUUAAUGGCCAGCGAAUAGUUAAGCCAAAGAAAUUGAGAUCGGGAUUUCGUGUUAUCCUUGGAGAUUUUCAUGUAUUCAGGUUUAAUAAUCCCGAAGAAGUUAGACGUGAACGUGAAAAACAUAAACCUUCAUUGCAAAUCAAUCCGAACAUUAUGCCACCUUCUAACGUGGAUGAACCAAUUAGACCAGACUCUCCCACAUCAACGGCUUCUCUCGUUUCAGAAGCUGUUAUUGAUUGGAAUUAUGCAAGAAGAGAGAUGGCACUUAAUUAUUUAAAUGCCGGACCUGAUGCGAAUCUUAGCUCUUUACCAGAUGAAGACCUUCAGAGACUUAUGGAUGAUUUAAAAAAAAUCGCAAGUGCUAGAAAGAUUCGUCCUGAUAGUCGAAGUGGCGAUUUUGAUGAUAAUUCAUCAGAUAAAACUGCAUCCAUUUCUGCUUUUGAAACUGAUGUUCCUGAUACACCAUCAAUCGAGUUGGAAUUUAAACUUAAAGAUAUGCAACGGGAAUUCGACUUACAAAAAAUAGAAUAUGAAGAUAAAAUUAAACAAAUGGAAACAUCAAACCUUGAAGCAGAUGAAUUAAGAGCCGAGAAAAAGCAGAUGGAGGAAAAACUCAAAAUGGUUCAGGAAGAAAUGACAAGAAUAUUAGAAGUUCAAGCUCAAGAACAUCAAAAGAUGAAACAACGUUUGUCUGAUACUUCUCAUGAAUAUACUUACCCACCUGAUACUCCGUCUUAUACAGAAGAACAACUACGCCUUAUUAAGAUGGCGCUUGCAAAAUGGAGACGUCAAAGAUUUGUUCAAAUGGCAGAGAUCAUACUCAGCAAUGCAGUUAUAUUAAAAGAAGCAAAUGUUAUUAGUAAAGAACUUGGUAAAAAAGUACUUUAUCAAUUUACUAUCAUUGAAGAUGAACCAUAUACUAAUCCUAUAUCAGCAUGCGAGAGCACUUCAGCCUUAAAUCAGUAUCAUAGUAAUGAAGACACUUCAUUAUAUUUUUCUAAAAAACCGUGCGUUGGUGUUAGAGUUAUAGACACUAAAAAUGAUGUUGUAUAUAUAUGGUCACUCGAUAAACUUAAGAAUCGUCUACAAAAGAUGCGCAAUUUAUAUAAUUUCAUUGACCGUCCACAGUAUAGUAAACAUUUUAAUUGGGAAGAUCCUUUUUACGAAAAUCCCUCUCCACAAUAUACUUUUAUAGGUAGUUGUGCUGUUGGUUUGGCAUGCUUACUUUUAAAAACAGAAUAUGAAUGUGAUGCACCAAUUUUUUGUCGAUACUCUGGUGACCAAAUUGGUUAUUGUCGUAUUCGUAUUGAAUUUCUUACAGAGUGUGAUGUAUCAUCAAAAGAUACUUCAAAAGAUACUUCAAAAGAUAUAUCAACAAUGGAGGAAUCUCAACAAUUGUCGACUAAUAAAUUGGUAGUAUUUAAAAUUAAUGUUAUAGAAAUUUGUGGUAUUUCGGAUUCACGAUAUGACCAAGUUCACGUACAGUAUAAAUUAUCUUCUUUCGGAGAAGUUGCACCUCUUUCACCUGGUGAAAAAGUUUAUAACACAAAAACUGUUUCUGGUUUUGGAAAUUCAAAAAUUACUUAUGACUACCAAGAAACUUUGAAUAUGGUUGUGACACCCGCUUUGAUGGAAGUAAUUACUAAUGGUGUGCUCACUUUUGAAGUAUUUGGUCGCGCCAAACGCCAUGUACUAGAAGAUAUAGAAAAGUGGGAUAAUGCUAAGGAAUGUCCAACAUAUAGAAAGAACAAUGAAGGUGCCCCAUCUGAAUCUUCAGCACCUAGAGAGAGACGUUCGGAAGAAGAACUGGUGGCAGAAGAAAAACAUGAUGUUGUUGCAUGGGUUCAAGUCUGCGAACUUGCUCCAACAGGAGAGUAUGUACCAGUUCAAGUCCUUUCGCAAAAUUCCCUUGAUCCAGGAGCAUUUUUCUUACGACAAGGUCUUCAACGACGUAUUGUUCUAACAUUAACACACAAUUCUGGUCGACAAUUCCCAUGGACUCGAGUAACAAAAAUGGAAAUCGGUCGGGUACGAUUACUUGACGGGAAAGGACGAUUAUCUGAGUCACCAGUUCAGAAUGAUAUACAGAUGAGUUUACUGCCAAUGCAAAAUGUUCAAUUUAAACGAGAUGGAACUAGUGUAAUUAUAGCUCAAGCAUCUUGGGAUAGUACACUUCAUGAUUCCAUUUUCUUGAACAGAACAACUCAUUCUAGUAGUAGAGUUUUACUAGGACUCACAUGGUAUGUAGAAGCCGAAAAAUGUGUAGAGCCGAUAACUUUCUCCAUGGAUAUUGCAGUACAAGUCCAAGGUCGUGAGGCUCGACCGCCAUCAAAAUUAAUACAAUUAUUAAAUCAAUCCAAAGUGUUAUGGAAAUCUAGCGGGCUAUUUUCCAUUACACUUAAACCUCCGAUGACUCGAAAAAUUUCCGAACUUUGGCGGCUGAAUACCGCAAACAAAUAUGUUCGUGGGGAAGAACUUUUAGGAGAAUGGAAACCCCGUGGGGUAUCAUUAGUCAAAGACUAUAAAAAAAUUAGUGAACUUUUACGUAGAAGGGAAGCAGUUGAUUGUAUGAAACAAAUUAUUGCAUUAAAAGGAGAUAAAAAAUAUGAGCAACUUCAAAGUCCCGAGGAUUUAUAUAAAUUGGUUUUAACACUUUGGAGGAAAAAAUGGGGAACAAUGAAAGAGAUUGUUAUAAACCAAGAGCCACCACUCUCAGGACUCUAUCAUGACAUGGAAUUGUCAAGAGGAAAGAAACCAACAAAAUUAGUUGCACAAGUUCGAAUGGUAGCAAAAACUGAUACGAUAACUAAAAAGGGGUAUCUAUUUACUCCUGAAGAUGCUAAUGAUGACCAUUGGGUUAAGAAGUGGUAUGUCUUGAGAAGACCAUAUUUAUUCAUCUAUGAAUCACAGAAAGAAACUGAAGAACAAGGUGUUAUUAACUUGGCUUCGGUCAGAGUUGAUUAUAAAAGAGAUUUGGAAGAUAUGCUUCAGCGACAACAUGUAUUCGCUAUAUACACCAACAACAAUGCGUAUAUUUUGCAGGCAUCUUCGAAGCAGGAUAUGGUAGAUUGGAUCUCCAAGAUUGAUCAAUUUUUCCAGUUCCAAUACGUGGAUUAG